AUGUGGCAGGUACACGCUAUACAUCACACACGCUACACACGUGCACACGAUGCACACGCUACACGAGCUACACGCGCCGCCGGCGCCUCGCAGCUUGACGUCACGAUGUGGCAGGUACACGCUAUACAUCACACACGCUAUACACGUGCACACGAUGCACACGCUACACGAGCUACACGCGCCGCCGGCGCCUCGCAGCUUGACGUCACGAUGUGGCAGGUACACGCUAUACAUCACACACGCUACACACGUGCACACGAUGCACGCGCUACACGAGCUACACGCGCCGCCGGCGUCUCGCAGCUUGACGUCACGAUGUGGCAGGUACACGCUAUACAUCACACACGUUACACACGUGCACACGCUACACGAGCUACACGCGCCGCCGGCGCCUCGCAGCUUGACGUCACGAUGUGGCAGGUACACGCUAUACAUCACACACGUUGCAACUCACACGAUGCACACGCUACCCGCCCACCACCAGGAGCUACACGCGCCGUCGGCGCCUCGCAGCUUGACGUCACGAUGUGGCAGGUACACGCUAUACAUCACACACGCUACACACGUUCACACGAUGCACACGCUACACGAGCUACACGCGCCGCCGGCGCUUCGCAGCUUGACGUCACGAUGUGGCAGGUACACGCUAUACAUCACACACGCUAUACACGUGCACACGAUGCACACGCUACACGAGCUACACGCGCCGCCGGCGCCUCGCAGCUCUACGUCACGAUGUGGCAGGUACACGCUAUACAUCACACACGUUACACACAUGCACACGAUGCACACGCUACACGAGCUACACGCGCCGCCGACGCCUCGCAGCUUGACGUCACGAUGUGGCAGGUACACGCUAUACAUCACACACGCUACACACGUGCACACGAUGCACACGCUACACGAGCUACACGCGACGUCGGCGCCUCGCAGCUCUACGUCACGAUGUGGCAGGUACACGCUAUACAUCACACAUGCUACACACGUGCACACGAUGCACACGCUACACGAGCUACACGCGCCGCCGGCGCCUCGCAGCUCUACGUCACGAUGUGGCAGGUGCAACAAGUAUUCCCACAGUUCACCCUGAGCGCGUUGGCGCGUGAUCUGGCCCAGACUCUGUCUCCAGACCUGACCGUGGACAACAUCCUGGGCGGCCGGCUGCUGCCACGCCAACACCUGGAAGAGCCUCCGACAGUACCACUACCAGAAACAGUCACAAAUGUCAGCAGCGAUACCACUUCCACGAACACCUCCAGCACUUCAAGCGACAGUCGCAAUGCCAGCAGCAGUUCCGCAGAGCUUACCGCAGAGCAUGAAGAACUGAUGGGGGAGAGGGGGGGGGUGCAGUUCUGCAGCAGUGCGGCGGAGCGCGAGGCUGCGCUGCAGCGCCGCAAGCGACACCUGCUGGCCGCCGCGCGCGCGCGCUACCUGCAGCAGCACCAGCACAACCUACACCAGCAGCAGCACCAGCACAACCUACACCAGCAGCAACACCAGCAGCCGCGCAGCUGA